AUGGCAGCCCCUUAUCUAAAACGAGUCGUAGUCACUGGACUAAGUAUGAUUACUCCUCUUGGUUUGAAUGCUCAAGCUACAUUUUCAGGCCUAUUAUCAAAACAAUCAGGCUUAAAAAAGCUUAGUGCUUCAGAUUUUACAUUUGCUGAUCAACUUAAAGUAAAAGUGGCUGGACGCUUAUGGAACUGGGACCAAGAGCCAUUUGCAGUCCUUUGAUAGGAACUUUUUCAUUGUGCCGAAUUUUUGGUCGUAGCUUUUUCCUUGUGAGACAAUUGCUCCGAAUAGCCCGUUAAAUUUAAUGAAAUUAACUACAAGAAGAAGAAAAACUUUAUAUUACCUUACACUAAAAUUUAGAAUUGGUCUAAAUUGUUUUGAAUUGCUAAGCAAGCAGUUCUGAAAUCUAGAUUUGCUUGGUCUAUUGUCGAGAUCAUAAGAAGCAGUGUUUAUUUGAGAAUUAAGAUUUACUACAAAAAACAAUUUUCGGCCAAAAGUACUUGAAGAAAUAUAGCAUGAGGAAAAUCUCCAAUCAAGUGACAUGAGCCCCAAGAGCCUUAUUUAGAAAAGUCAAAUUUAUUGAGAAACCAUUAUCAUGCGCUAGCAUUAAAUUGCAGCGAAGAAGUUUUAACUGACAGCAAUUGGAAAACUACUAAUGAUGAAGAAAAGUUCAAGACAGGUCUUCUAUUAGGAUGCCCAAGAACCGAUACAGCAACUUUGAGUCCUAUGCAAAAAGAAAUUACUGAGUCUGGAUAUGACGCUACUGAUAAAUUAUUCGCGCUUUAUGGCAUCCCAAGCAAAAUUGUAGGUACAGUUUCUAUAUAUCACAAAUUAGGAGGUUUUGCUGAUACUGUGUGCUCAGGACACUGUUCAGGCAACAAUGCGAUUGGGACUUCAUAUCGUGCAAUUCAAUUAGAAGAAGCCACUGUUAUGCUUGCUGGGUCUAUUGAGCCAGAAUUAGAUGCAAUUUGGCUUCAGAGUUUGGAAAAAGGAAAUUAUGGCUAUAAUUUGGAAGCUGAAAAGAACCCUGAAGGAUCUUAUUCUUGAUAAACAGAUUACCAAAGACCAUUAAGGGCUCCUCCGAUUUAUAAUAUUCCUUGUCGGGUACGGUUUCAGCCAUUUUUGGGGGAGUUAGGGAGUUUCUGGAGUUUAGGGAGUUUCUGGAGUUUAGGGAGUUUUUGGAGUUUUAGGGGCUUUAGAAGUUCUGGAGUUAUGCUGCUAUUGUGAUGUGGAGCUGCGCAGGGAUGCGGAAUGUGCUGAUGGUAUGGUGGUGUUUGUGCAGAUGAUACGAUGGCGAUUGGGUGUUGGUGGCGUUUGUGUGGGUGGUGUUGUGUGCUGGUGCUCAUCUUUCUGAGCAAAUCUAACAGGAUAGGGAUAGGUAAGCGCUUUUUCUUCUUCUUGUCGGAUACUUUAACGAUUGAGAUAAUUGGCUAGUAAACUGCCUUAAAUACUAUCUUGCUCCUACUUCGAAAAUUGAUGCUAUGGACAUCUGGAUUAUCUACACUUAUAGCUCCUCCUACUUGCCUUUUCAGCUCCAGUGAUGAGUGGGUGGGUUAUCGACUUCUGCGGCCCUGCAUCCGGUAAUUGGGGAGUAGCUUGAUCCAGGCAGGGAAAAAUUGGAAUAUAAAGCUGCGCCGUCGAAGCCGGAACAUUGCGCAGGAGGCGCACGUUGGAGAUCAAAGCUAGUUGUCCCAGCAAUUAGUGGGCCCCGAGCGGCGAGAGCGUGGUGGUAGCCCUGGAAGAGCAACCCCGUAGGAGACGUUAAACGUGAUGGUUAAUAAGUUAGUUGGAAUAUAAAGCUGCAAGGCGCCUGCCCUCAUCAUAUAUUAAAAAUAUUGAACCAAUCCCUAGACCCAAGCUGCAACCCCUGGUAUUGGUGAAGUCCACCUUUAGGACAUUUCCAGGUUUCUUUUCAACCACAAGAAUUAAGUCAAAACCUUACAGAUAUACAUAAUCAAUUCAGACCGGAAUCUGGAUCAGUUCGUCUUGACCAUAAGGUUGAGAAAAUUGCCUCAAGAGAUUGGAUGUGGUAUAUAACCAUUUUAUGUAUAUGGAUCCUGGAGGAUCAGUCAAACCAUUUGAUGCAAAUAGAAAAGGAUGGAUUUUAAGUGAAGGAGGUAGCAUUAUAAUUCUUGAAGAAUUAGAACAUGCAUUAAAUAGAGGUGCCAAGAUCUAUGCAGAGCUUGCUGGAUUCUCAAUGGUUUCAGAAGCUGGAGACCAUACAAAGAGAGAUGGAAACGGAGUCUAUAGAUCUAUGAGAGACGCCAUAAGACAGGCAGGUCUAACUCCAAACGAUAUUGAUGCUGUAUUUGGAGAUGCUUCAGGCAAUUUUGAUUGGGAUUAUGGUGAAGCUUCAGCUAUUUUAAGACUUUUCGGAAGAAAAACCCCAGCAGUUACUUCAAUUAAAGGAGGACUUGGACAUAUGCAGGGUGCUUCUAGCUCAACCAACGUCGGAGCGGCUGCAAUUUCAGUUCAGCAAGGACUCAUUCCACCCAUUACAAACCUCGAAAAUCCACUAAGUGUUGACGGAGUUACCCCUAAUUUUGUAACAAAUGUAAGGGAACAGAAACUGAGAGCAGUCGUCGCUAAUGCAGUGAAUUACGAUGGGUCUGCGUUUAGCUCUAUCGUGCUUAAAGCUUUUACUAGAUAA